AGAACUUUUGAAAAAUCCAAAAGGAGGCUAAAAGGAUAGCAAUGGCGGUUUGUACGGCGGAGAAUCUAAAGGUUUUAUUUGACCAUUUAAUUGAAGGUGAGGAACUUUUAACUGUGCUAAAAGAAGGUUUCAAGCAUUUGCUUUUCCUACGGAGACAGCUCCCUUUACCAUACCUUCUUCUAGAGCGUGAGCAGACGCUAGAUAAUGGUUUCCUAAACGGGCCUAAUAAUACUGGUAGAAGUCAAGGUAAUGGUGGUAAAUGUGGACACCGACCUGUUGGCCUCAGAAGUGCCAAGGCAAGGAAAAGAGAUACAGCGAUUACCAACAUUAAAAGCAAUUUGAAUGCUUUGGAUUGCCUUGAAUCUACUAAAAGAAUUUUCGCACUCGCGAUCGUAUUUGGUAGCACAAUAAUUAGCCCAAGGGAAGUUUUUUUAUUAAGACCAAAAUUUGGAAAGUCGGAUGAAGAUGUCAACACUAAAGUCGAUGGAAAAAAUGAUGUUUCUCAUGCUAAAAGGAUAGACCGAACUGCACGUAGUCUGAUUAGAAAUCUCGUAACAAACCCGCAGCUGUCAAGUUUGUGCGAAAUGAAGCCAACAAACGUGUUUAUGUUUGUUCUCGCCACAAGAAGUCAGGAAAGCUCUUUGCAUGAUGGAUUUCUGCCAAAGCAGGGCUAUAAGUUACCACACAAAGGAAAACAUUAUGACAUUAUAUUAACAAAUGAAGAUAGUUAUGACUCAAAUGAAGCGGAUUUUUCUACUGAAUUGCUGAAUCUUCAGCAAGAAAUGGAUUUAAUUUGGUAUCAGGCCAAGAAAGUCUUACGCGGUUUCAGCGAAACAAAAAGUGCAUUUUUUUAGGUUUUUCAAUUUUUAAACUGUUCUCUAUAUAUGAAUUAAAAUUUUUAAAAGGCUGACAUUUAACAAAAAGAAUUUAACAAGGAUGUGAUUUAAUAACCCAAUCAGUUUUAGCAUUUAUGAUGUUAUUUUAUCAGCUUUUUCAUUGAAAGUCUCAAGUCAAGAAAUGAUUAAUAGAUGUAUGUAUUGCUUUAUUGUUAAACUCAGCCUUUUAUUCAGUACACCUGUAUGCUAACCAGG